AUGAAAAUAAUUUAGAUAUUGAAUUUGUUGACUUAUGCUUUAUGUGCAACCUUCUCAAGUACAAGUCUAAGUGAUACUUUGCAUGAAAAUGGAUCAAUCUAUGGAUGGAGAGAAGAUGAAUAAAAACUAUUCAAAAAUUGGGUGUAAGAAUAUCAAAAAACAUAUAACAAUGAAUUCGAAAUGAUUUAUAGAAUGGAAGUUUUUGUGCAGAACUAUAGAUUAAUGAAGGUAUUUAACAGGUUAAUUGUAAUUUUAGCAUCAUAAUGAAUAAUUACCAAAAGAUGUAUGGGGAUUAAAUAUCUUCGCAGAUGAAACAUCUGAAGAGUUGAUGGAUAAGCUCUUUAUGAAGAAAGAUUUCGAUGAACAUUAUGAGACAUUUAAUGAAGAUGAUAUCAAUGCAAUUAAAAGUGAUGCUUUAUCUCAUAAUUCUUUUUUAUAAGCUGAUAAAACGGUGAAGGUUGUUAAAAAAGUAGUGAAAAAAUCAUCUACAACUUCUAAAGCAUAGAAAGCAACACCAAAGAAUCCUCCUAGCUUAGACUGGUUAAAAUAAGUAAUUUUCUUUUUAUUAAUUCUUAGGUUACAGAAGUUUAAUAAUAAGGAAGAUGUGGUAGUUGUUGGGCAUUCGCAGUUUAAGAUGUUGUAAUAAGUAGAUUGGCUAUUAAUAAUAAAAACAAACUUGAUUAAUUAUCAAAGACACAUUUAAUUGAUUGUGCUGAUGGAAAUACAGCAGGAUGUGAUGGAGGUUCAGUCAGUGAUGCAUUUGAUUUUAUCAACAAAUAUGGAACUGUUUAUGAAAAAGACUNGUAGUUAGAUUAAAAAAUAGAGAUAAGGAUUAAAAUUUUUAUCGCUCUAUUUUUUUAACUUAUUAAAUUUAGCAAAUCAAUAAUAGACUUUAAAUAUAUACUAGGAUUAUUAUAUAAACAUAAUUUAAUCUAUAUAUUUGAUUUUACUUUCAAUUUUCUUGAAAAUGUUCGGUAAAUUAUUCAAUAACCAGAAAAAAUUAUAAAUUUGUUACUUUAAUCAUAAAACUGA